CCAUGGCAGUGCGCAAGUUGAGAUUCUGAGCAAGAUGGCGGCGCCUGUGGAGCGUGUGGCCCGUGCGUGUUCGGAGCUGGAGAAGCUGCUGGGGGAGGAUUCCGGGAAUGGAGAGGUCGGACUGGAGGGGGAAGUGAUUAUUCGGCGGCUCACUGACAUGUUUAGGGAAGAGACAUACAGGGAGCUUGCGGAAGAACGGAUAUUCCGACUGAUCUUGCAAACCUUGUCUAGAGUUUCACGUGAGAUUAAAGCCGUCUCUUCUCCUGCGGGCGCUUUUACUGAGAGUCGCUGCCAGUUUUCUGCCGAAUGUUUCCGGUGCUUGCGAAACGCCUGCGUUCAAUGUGUGCGGAAUCAGGACAACGUCAGAAACGUGGGCUUGAUUGAGGAAUCGGUUCGCUUUAUCCGGAUUUUCAGUGAUCCCCGGGUGCUCCAAGAACCUGCCUUAGUAGCUUUUCGUUGCGGCUUGCAAUUCCUCGGCAAUGCUGCAGCCGGAAACCGUGAUUCCCAGAAUGCGAUUUGGGCCUGUGCGUUUCCGGAUAUCUUCUCGAACUGCCUAAUGCACAAUGAUGAGAAGGUUGUAAUCUACAGUUCGAUGGUUUUAUUUACGUGUAUCAGUCGGGAAAAUCGAUCGGCUCUACAAGAUCCCUCAAACAUCGCUGUUGCACUUAAUGUUAUCACCGCAUAUAGGAAAUACCCCGAUGCAGAGUGGAUUUACCUGAUUGUGGUGGAGCAUUUGCUCCUGUGCCCGGACCUGGUGGAAUCCAUGUAUCUGAGCCAGAGCAGUCAGGACAGGGUGUCACUAUUAGAGCUCAUUUUGGCCAAAAUAAGUCAAAAAGACCCCCAUCCUGAUGAGGAUGCUGAGAAGUUACAAGUGAUAGCGACAUUCCUUUCCAACUGCUUCCAAACCCAGUGCAAAACGAUUCUGAAAUUGACGUCGCCCUCUGCCUGUGAUGAACAGGAGACCUUCGUUGUAAUCAGACUCCUGGAUAUUCUGUGUGAAAUGACUUCCAAGAAUGAGUAUCUUUCCUGUCUGCAGACCUGCCCUGGCCUGCUCGAGUCGACAGUAGAUAUCUUGCGCCUGACGCAUCUAGCGGGCAAACAGAGCAAGAAUGUCUUCACUGCCACUCACACUAUGUCUAUGGGGCAGGAUCUGACUCACGCAGCUGUGGGGUUCAAGGCUCACCUCAUCCGCCUUAUUGGCAACCUGUGCUACCAGGAUAAGGAGAAUCAAGACAAGGUGCAUCAGCUUGAUGGCAUUGCGCUCAUCCUGGACAACUGCAGCAUCGAUGACAACAACCCUUUCCUGAACCAGUGGGCAGUAUUCACAAUUAGAAACCUCACGGAAAACAACGACCAGAAUCAGGAACUGAUUGCAAGCAUGGAGCGGCAAGGUUUGGCGGAUAGUUCCCUGCUGAAGAGUAUGGGGUUGCAAGCAGAGGAACGUGAUGGGAAACUUCUCUUGAAGUCAUUAAAGAAAUCCCCUGCGUUGUGAUGUAAAAAGGAAAAGAGAAGGAAACACUUCAUUGGAAGGAGGCUCUUUGCACUUAAAGGAACAGUAAAUAUAAAAAAUAAAUUCCUCUUGUACAAUUUAAA